AUGAGUGAAUCUCAGGAAGAAAUGAAAAUCGAUCCCUCCAGAGCCCAGACGCUUGUCUCUCAGCUCAACUCAGUCAAAGAGCGUCUUGCUACAAGUACCCUGGCUUACACAUACAUCAACCAGGUCCGACUUGUAGCUGUCUCAAAGCUCAAGCCUGCAAAUGAUAUCCUAGCCCUUCACCAGGCUCCAGCCUCUCAUACUCAUUUUGGCGAGAACUAUGCCCAAGAGCUGAGUCAAAAAGCGGCUCUUCUCCCCAAAACUGUUCAGUGGCACUUUAUCGGUGGUCUCCAGUCGAACCACUGUAAGACUCUUGGAAAGAUUCCAAAUCUCUUCUGCGUCUCAAGCAUAGACACCUCCAAAAAGGCUCAACUUCUAAAUACUACACGCACCAACCUUCUCUCUUCGGAACCCGAGCUUCCCAAAAUUGGUGUCCACGUUCAGGUCAACACAUCUGGUGAGGAGUCCAAGUCUGGCUGCGCCCCUGGUGAAGAAACCGUGGCUUUGUGCCGUGAGAUCACCGAGACGUGCCCCAGUCUCCGUCUGCUUGGUCUCAUGACUAUCGGCGCCAUUGCUCGGAGUAAGGCCACCACCGCCGAAACCGAGAAUGAGGAUUUUGUCACUUUGAAGGAGCAGCGAGAUCUCGUGGCUAAGGAGCUCAACCUUGACCCAGAGAGCCUGGAGCUGAGCAUGGGUAUGAGCGAGGAUUUUGAAGGUGCCGUCCGUCUAGGAAGUGGUGAAGUUCGUGUUGGUAGCACGAUCUUCGGAGAGCGGCCUGCUAAGGCUGAUGCCAAGAUCAAAGAGUAA